UUAACCUGUGCACAUAGUUUUUUUUUUUUUUUUUUUUUACACGAUUGUCUCCCAACAAUGACUUUUUGUGCGUCUGGCUCUGGGCGCGGUGGAUGUGCCAUGGCUCGGGUAUUCCUCUCCAUCUGUGUGCUGGUGCUCGGGUCGCUGGGCUGGGCUGGAGCCGAGCAGGCCGAUCCGACCGCGGGGAGCCCACCGGCUGUCACCCUCCGUACUCUGAUCACCGGAACCUGCCAGGAGGUCCAGCGUUACGCGGAGUCGGUGGUGGGAAGCGGCGUGAUACGGUCAGCUGCUGAGAGUGCAGUGUUGUUUCUUGAGUCAUUGCUUGGUCAGGAGAACAUCUAUACAGUGGCCAUGUUUUUAGAGAUGGUGAUUCGAUUCCUCGCUGAAGGAGCUGCCAGCGGCCUGAACGUCAUCGCUGUUUAUGUCACAGAGAUCCUCAGGGUCACAGGAUUCGACGUUGCACUGACGUUGCCCCGCUUCACUCCAGAGGGCGUGACCGCCAUCGCCCAGUGGGGUCUGGUGGCCCUCAUUGGCUACUGGGUGCUGACGAUCGUUCUCCGUCUGUUCAUCUGCGUGGUGAGGCGAGUUUUCUGGGUGGUGAAAACCGUCUUGUCGCUCUGGCUUUUCGGACUGAUUGUGACCGACAAGACUGCCGCUGCGGACACCACAGCGGUUCGACUGGGCGGCCUGGUGCUGGGAUGCGUCCUGUUGACUCUGCUCACUUCGGGCUCUGAAAAGACUUGUGUAGUGGACAACCGGCUGAGCAGCCUGGAGGGCCGGCUGAAAGCAGUAGAGAAGAGGAAAGGGGAAUAGUGACCGGAGAGGGUGGAGGGGAAAGGAGUUAAGAUGGACAAAGGUUAAUCUCGGUUAAGAAAAUAGUAACAUUGAUGGUUUCUAUAUGUGUGUGUUAAACUAUCAUGGUAAAUAAAGUCUCUGGGAUUUUUAAUCAAUAA